GAAGAGAGUCUGUUCCUCAUUGUGUCCAGGAGCUGGAGGCAGAGACAGACACAGACAGACAGACAGACAGACAGAGAGAGAGAGGCAGACAGGCUGAAGAGAGAUGUCUCCGAUUGAUACAGUGGGAUGCUCAUAUGAACAGUACAAGGCAACAGCUGAUUGGCUGCUGGAUCGCACCAAUCAUAGACCAACUGUGGCCAUUAUCUGUGGAUCGGGCCUUGGUGGACUGGCUGAUUCAUUGAAGGAGCAAAUGAUCUUCAAAUACAGCGAUAUUCCCAACUUCCCACACAGUACAGUGAGCGGUCAUGCUGGACGCCUGGUGUUUGGGAUGUUAAAUGGGAAGUCGUGUGUGUGUAUGCAGGGCCGAUUCCACUUCUACGAGGGACACCCGGUGUGGAAGACGACGUUCCCAGUGCGAGUUUUCCACCUCCUGGGGGUGGAGACCCUGAUUGUGACCAACGCCUCCGGGGGUCUGAACGAGGAUUACAAGGUCGGAGACAUCAUGGUCAUCAAGGACCACAUCAACCUGCCCGGAUUCGCUGGCAUCAACCCUCUGCUGGGACCCAAUGAUGACCGGUUUGGAGAGCGGUUCCCCUGUAUGUCCGACGCCUACGACAAGGAGCUCCGGAGACUGGCAGCGGAAGUGUCACGGGACCUGGGGUACAGCGCCAUCACGCACGAGGGUAUUUACUGUGGCCUGGCCGGACCUUCCUACGAGACCAUCGCGGAGAGUCGCAUGCUGCGGAUACUCGGGGCAGACGCUGUGGGAAUGAGCACCACCCAUGAGGUGAUAGCCGCACGCCAUUGCAAGCUGCGAGUCUUUGGCCUGUCAUUGGUCAGCAACAAGGUGGUGAUGGAUUAUGAGAGUUUGGAUCGAGCAAACCACGAGGAGGUCCUGCAGGCUGGGAAACACAGCGCCGAGCUCCUGGAGAAGCUGGUCACCCACAUCGUCGGGAGGAUCGACUGUAACAGCAACAUGUCCUAGAUUCCGGGCCCUUCCCUCCCCAUCCCAUCCCCCCCCCACCAACGAAUCCCCACAACCCAAUCCUCAUAACGCUAGCACCUCUUAUCUCCUAGGCAAGACAUUGAAUCUGAACGACCAAUCGCCAGUGCCCCUCAGCCUCCGCCUCUAACGCCUCAACCCUCAUGGAUGCUCCCCCUCCAACCCUGUUGGCUCAUUGGCCGUUAUUGGAACUGUUGACCCACGUGUGGCCAUGGGGUCUGGUCUCCGGCCGGGGCGAGGGGGUCACCUGGACCUAGCGCCAGUCUGGAGGCCGCUGGUGAUUGGCCGGUUCUGUAGUUGUGGACCAUUUCUGAUUGGAGGCCCUGCGUUGUCCAAUCCCUGCCUGUUGAGAUUCCCGGCUCCCCCUCUCUCACCUCUCAGCUGGACGUGUCUUCACUAGGCCUCUGGUCUCCACUUUAUUCCAUUGUUGGGUUUGCCUGAUUAUACUGUUCGCUAUUUAGAAAUUCCUCUGUCUGUAAAUUAAAGUUCCAUCUAAUUUA